AUGAUUAACUAUUUUGAAAAUAUUGUUGACGAAGUGAAGAUAAAUAUCUUCAAAAAUGUUGAAACUCCUAUUAACUUGGCAUUAUCAAGCCGAUCAUGGGCCCGUAUUGCCAAAGAUCCGUAUGCUAAGACGGAAUGGUUAAUCCUACAUUAUGGAAAAGCUCAUGCAAUGUUCCACGCCGUUCGAUUAGGACCCUCUUUCAUCGAUGUAGCC